UAGGGCGUUGUGGCGACUCCUUCAUUCAUUCGCGGAGAAAAAGUCUCUGUCUUUAAAGCGUAACGUACCCAUAAGCGAGCAGAAAGGCGGAAAAAAAGAAAGAAGAGAGGCGUUUUGACUUGAUCGAAGCAGGAUAGCCCCAGUUUGCGCAGAGAGUGGGCUCUGCGUAAAGGACCGCUCACUCCAGAAAUACGCAGAAAUUUACUUUGGCAGGACAAAUUUCCAAGACGUCCAAUCCUUGGACACGUUCGACCGCUCAUGCGCGCAUCUGGUUAGGACUCUAAUUUAGAGAUAAUUCGCUCCCUCGCGCGCAAACAGGAACAUCAGCAUUUGUGCGUCCCGGGGAUUUUACCGUUGGAGCCUGUGUUUAAGGAAGACAUGGCCAAGUUAUUCCGAGCUGCAAUCAUGGGCCCACCAGGAUCAGGGAAAGGAACGAUAUCCAAGAGGAUUGCGCAAAGCUUUGGCCUGCAGUAUCUGUCCAGCGGCCACUUUCUACGAGAGAGCAUAGCGGCAAAUACAGAGGCAGGUCUGCUGGUGAAGACCUACGUAGAAAGAAGCAUGCUGGUGCCGGACCCCGUCAUGACCAGACUGAUGCUGCCCAGGCUGGAGCAGCUGAGCGGCCACAGCUGGCUGCUGGAUGGCUUUCCUCGGACUCUGUCGCAGGCCCAAGCCCUGAACAGUUUGUGCCAGCUCGACCUGGUCAUCAGCCUCAACAUCCCCUAUGAGACCCUGAGGGAGCGACUGAGCGACCGCUGGAUCCAUCCAACCAGUGGUAGAGUCUACAACAUGGGUUUCAACCCACCACGAGUGCAGGGUAAGGAUGACGUCACUGGCGAGCCACUGAUUCAGCAUGAUGAUGACAAACCAGAAGCUCUGAUGGCCAGGCUGAGACACUACAAAGAUGUGGCCAAACCUGUCAUAGACUUAUACAAAUCACAGGGAGUCCUGCACUCGUUCUCCGGUACAGAGACGGACCGGAUCUGGCCUUAUAUCAACUCUCUCCUCAGCACCAAGAUGCACACACAGCCGUCAGAUGCCGUCCAAACCCAGACACCCUGACACUGCUCCCAGUGAAGAGACCAUAGCUGGGGUAAUGUUUCCACGUGCUGGUCCCAACUUUCAGUUUCCUCAUUAAUACUGAAGUUUAGAGUGAUGGACAAGGACACUGAUCAAAGCUGAAGCCAUCCAACAUGUUUGUGAUUCGAUCACGUGUUGCUUUUUCAAAUGGACGGUUGUGUGCAAAGCUUUAUUGACUGUGUUGAUUUCUGCAAUGUCAUAGUGAAAUGUUUAGAUGCUUAAGGGAAUAUUACAGCUGAUCAUUUUUAUUUUGGAAAUCCUAGUUUUAUACCAGCACUUACCAUCAAGCAAUUCUUUCUCUUUUUUAUCGGUUCCAGUUCUCUCACAUUGAAUUUAAAUUUUUGCUCAUUGAUUGAGAUUAAAAGCAAAAGAAAAAGUAAAUAAUACAUAGAAAGGCUUCCCUUCAUUCUUAAAUAUUUGAUACCAAACUCCAUAUAAUUAUUGUUGUUCAGAAAAUAAAACUUACAUGAAAGCAGACUUAGGACAUAUUACUUAAAUAGUCUGUAAUCUUUACAAAUUUGAAUAAUCGCAUCCAAUUUUUGUAAUCAUGCAAACGACACCCCAUCACUGCCUCAAUGAUUAUACAGAUUUUUGAUUGAAACCCUUCUUGUACCCUUCGAAGUGCAGGUGGAGUUGUGGUUUUUCACAGAGCACAAUACACAUAACAAAAUCUGUUGUAUUAAAAUCUGUCUCACCACAGCCUUAACUGACAUAUUGACUGAGGGCAGCCCUGAUAUGAUGCAUUGUGUCGUAUCUCAAGCCUAAAUCAGUCUUAGACAGUCAUUUAUUGGGUCAGUUUUUUCUAAAAAGUUGAAGCCUGUGCUAGCCAGAGUGCUGUGUUAUAUGCUAUAUACAAUGCCUACAAGUCAGCUGUUACAUAUGAAACAAACCGUUUUUUAAUCAGCUCAGUGUUUCUAGAAUAUAUCCAUCGAUAAGGCAAAAGACCGUGCACUGUAUAAACUGCUAUUCUUUACGUUUUGUACUGAAACGCUGCAGCAUAUUAUGCACUCUGCAACUGUUAACAUGCAGGAGAAUGUACUGGGCUGGAGCCGGACUGUUUCAAGAAACCCCUCACAGUCGCUCUGCAGCACACUCUGUGGCUGGGAUGAAGACCAAUGCACAGAAUAUAGAGUGCCUUCAAUGUUGUUACAUUCCUUUGAAUAUGUGUCAAAGGUUGCCUUGAGAUUUGGGGUUCACAGAAUGUAUUGUUUUGCGGCGUUUGUUCAACUUUUAAAAUGCUGCUGGAUAUAAUGUUGGCAAGUAACAGGUCACUUUGAUGUAGUUUUGUUUUUCGUAUUGAUGACUGUAUAAAUCACUGUUGCAGGGUGAACAACCACCUGGGCCUUUUAUUUUUGGAAGUGACUGGUAAAGGUUUGUAAUGCUUUCUCACCCGACAGAACCGCUUCUUUCAGACGAGUUUAGUAUUGUAUUGUUUGGCUUUUAGCAAACAAUUAGCAACUAAACUGUUUGAUAAAGACCAGCACAUAGGGUUUGGCAUUAAUGCUGGCUCUGCAGUUUUCAAAUUUAAUCAUAACAUGUUGUCACCUACAUUGCAUAGUGAAUGUAAAUCAGGGAUUGGCCAGAAGUAACCAAUCACAUGCAAAAUUCACCUUUUUUUUUAAAUCAUUUUUUUCAUGAGGACAGAACUGCCUUGCAGUGUUUUUCUGGUGGACUUUUGGUUCUCCUUAUUGAAGGAUAGUCCGUGUUGUGUGUUGUACAGAUGGAAUCCCUCUAAGACAAAUGCAGACAAAAGAUGCAGAAAAGAAACACUUUUACUCAAUAGAAAAUAGGAGAUGUCUGCAACUUGUCCGUGUCUCGGUGUCCGCAGCUGAAAGAAGACAUCUGUUGAUGUUGAUUUGGUAAAGUGGGGAUGUGUGUGGAGGAGCUGUCUCUCUCACACCCUCUCAUGUACACUCUGGUCUCGUAUUGGGUGGCACACUAGGCCUGCAUGCUCAGUGUGUGUUGUUGAGUGAGUGGCCAUGGUCUGAAAGCUUUAAGUUGUACAGUAUGUGACCACAGCCCACUGCUGCUGUCUGACACCACAGUGGAUUUUUUUUGCUCCCCCAUUUUUACACCAUGUUGUCAAACACACGCUAGAUUCCAGGAACAAUAAAACUAUUUUCUCAUG